AUGCACUGCCUGGUCCACAGUGUCAGGCUACAUCCAGAAAACCUUCCACAACAUGCAGUAAAUCCCUCGACAACACAGGAAUACAAUGUUUUAUUUUGUGUUUUGCCUUUUGUUCAAGGUUUUUCUUUUCCCACAGGAGCACAGAGGCAGCGUGAGACCUUUCGUCAACUUCAACGCCAAACAUGACGCUGAAGUCCUCCACAAAGCCAUGAAAGGAAUUGGUCAGUGCUGUUUCUAACACACACACAUACACAUAACAUGCUGUCAUUGUUAUGUACUGUUAUGACUGUAGAAAAGCUGAGUAAACCCCCCAAAAACAAAAAUCUAUACACUCUGGAAUAUUUUUCUCACUUCACAAAAAGGUUUGCUUGAAAGUAUUUAGACUGUAAAUGAAAAAGAAAACAGUUCAUUUAACAUUUUGGCAAGGGUGGGUUUAUUUGCCCACACGUCACAGUUGCAUUCAGUUUGUAUCAUUAGUAGAAAUAAAUACAAAAGACUGCUUCGAAAAAAGUACAAUCAACAAUGUUUUAUCAUGCAGUUUAUUGCUUGUUUUGCUUCUCUCUAAAACCAACAGUGACACAGCUGUCAGGGAAGUUUUUUUCUGUUUGUUGCUCUUGACGACGAGUUCAAUCCACUGGUGCACGGAGUAUAACUUAACUUUCCAAGUGUUUUUAGUCUAAUUAAAAAAGAAUGAGUUUCACCCACUUCAGGACUUAAACUUUAUGAAAAUAUUCUCUAGACAUGUCACAGCUAUACAGUAAGUAAGUAAUGAGCUCUACGGUAAUGAGCACUUACAGUUCUAGCAUAUACACAGAGGCAGUCAAAAGCCCUCUUAGGACAGUAAUUUCAAGGAAGGGUCUUUGCACCCCAGUCGGACCUGGAGGCAGAGGUAAUUCCACCGCUGAUCCACCAUUUAGGGUGGCAAUGGAGGCAUAACAGGGGCAGUAUGAUAUCGCGCAUCAGAGUCUGCAGCAAGGAACCAGCUAACUGUUUGUAAAUGUGGAGCUUCGGUAAUUUGUUUACAUGCUACAUAUAACACUAUUAUGAAUUCAAUUUAUGUGUACAGUAAAUGUGAGAUGCUGCUGCUGAAUUACUGUAAGCAAGGAGCGAGUGACCUCGGUUACCUCGGAAGUCAGAAGUCUGAGGUGAAAAUGACGUUAUACCCGAGUUACCAGCGUUUCAGUUACCAAGUUGAGAAAAUCAGGGGCAGAAACAACGUAGCUACUUCUAUGAAAGUUAUUUAAGCACUUACCUUAUAUUCGGACAAGGCGAGCGCUAAAAUAAUUUUCGUAGAUGUGGCCAUCUUGUUUCAGGCCUUUGAUUUUGCUGUUUUCGGAAAAAGCUAAAUUGGAGGCCUGAGACAAGAUGGCUACACCUACGAAAGUUAUUUUAGCGCUUACCUUGUAUUCAGACAAGGCAAGCACUAAAAUAACUUUCGUAUAAGUAGCCAUCUUGUUUCUGCCACCGAUUUUGCUUUUUUCCAACUUGGUAACUGAAACGCUGGUAACUCGGGUGUGACAUCAUUUUCACCUCGGACUUCUGACUUCCGGGGUAACUCGAACGCAGCAUAAGCCGUCCUUUGCUCACGCCUCCACGUGACAUGUACGUCAUCAUACUCACUUCCUUGUUGAUACUGAGAAGCUGAAGACUUACGGGACGCUAAACGCUCACAUUUACCAACAAAUAUCACCGCCGAAAUUUGUGCAAGUCAAUUUCCAGAUGUGUUACAUGAAAGCGGAGGUACACUCUUCUGCACUGACUGCAAUAUUGUGGUGCAACACUCGCGAAAUUCGUCGCUCGACAGACAGUUUUUAACCGCAAAACGCGCUGAAGGACAGCGUGAACAGCUGAAACUCAAAAGAGGACAAAUGGGACAAGUCACAUUGACAGAGGCUGAUGCAUCCAGAACAAUAGCGGAGGCUGACAGGGUCAAGGUAUGAAGGUAUGCACGGAUCUAAUCUUUAAAACAAUAUAAGAGAAGAAUAAAACACUUGUGGAUGCGUGCUUUCAUUUGUGUAUCAUCUAGUGUGUGUGUGUGAGGGAGUGUAUGUGAAAAAGUUCAAAAAAGGUCACAUAUGAAAAAAGUAACUGAUAUAAUAAUGUGAUACGAUACCACAUAAUUCAACACGAUGCAUAAAGACAUCUGUGGUUGUGAUUUUACACUAUCAAGAAGAAAGGUUAAGGUAUUUCUGGCCUUACAAUAUCAUUUCUAUAUAAAAAACGUUGCCUUUACAAAACAUGCAACUUUGACCAUAAUUGUCAAAUAUGCAGUAACCCACUUAGGUUGGUAUUUUCACUGUUUGAAUAUGUGGUGACCACUAAUGCCGUUAUUAAAGGGAUAUUCAGGCCAACCGCUUGCUUCUCUAGUUAUAACAACUGCCAAACAACAACUAUAGAGUGGCGUUUUGGUUGAGGUUUGUGUAUGGCUCCUCAGAAUGCUGUGAACUGCUAUUGUGUGGUCGUCACUAAAGUUGGUAUAACUAGAGAAGCAAGCGGUCGACAACAUUCAUCUCGAGAGGGAGUGUCUAACUCAGUGUUACGGUGUGUUUAACCCUAACUUAAUUUUACCCCAGAAUAUCCCUUUAAGUGGCUAAAGCUGUGUAAAGAGCAAUACAGUCAGUUUAAAUAUAAGACUUUUGCUCAGAAGUUUUGGUUAAACUAAAAGUCAUUUAAAAGUUCUUUCCCAGCUCCCUGUGUGACAUUGCUCUUACACAAUGAAUUCAGCUUGUUUAUGUAAUUAAUCUUCUGGAGCUGCUGUGUCACUUCAAGCCAAAUAGCCGUCUUUUUAUCUUCACCUAACAAAUUGAUUUGGUGUGAAACUCAAUCAAAUUGUAACAAUUUCACAUUGGAAACCACAUAGUCCAAGAGUUUAUUCAAUACAAAACACAAAGGGUGAGGACAUAUUGCCUGAAACUGGAUGAGGGUCAAAUUUAGCAAACAGUCCUAGCAAACAGUCUAAAGAAUAACAACAACAAAAAAACAUCAUCCUGAACUUUCUGUUUGAGGUAUUAGUUGAAUUUUUGUGAAAAGACAGCUCUGAGUCAUUUUGUAAAGAUCUGGCAAACAGAUAAUAUAACAAACCGUCAGCCCACACAUAGAAAAUCCCAAUGAUGCACCUUUUUAGAGGCAAAGCAAAGAACUUAAAUGGCUUCUUUAUUGUGUUUGUAGCACUGAGUGUAAAUUUAAUUGAACUCCAGGGUUCAAGUCAAAAUUGUCCAGAGGGAGGAAAACUGUUACUGCAGAUUACUUUAAAAGUGAAGGACAAAGUCUUGUGGAGGGUCUGAUAAGCCUUCAGACUGGACUAACUGGUUGGAUUUUCCUUAUCUCAGGGUUACCUGUAGUAGCACAGCACAUUGUGUGUGGGUGAUUAAGUAUUUUCAGUGGAUGCCUGUAGUGGAGGUCCACAUUUAACUCACAGACUGAUAUGUUAGUGUAGACAGUUUGUGGAAGAUUUCAUCAUUCCGACUAUAUUUUCAGUGCAAAGAACAAUUUCUGCUGCUCUUUUAGUUCAAGGUUGUAAAGAUGCUGUGAAGAUGAUAAGCAAAAGUGUUAGAAACUUGUUUUUUUCAACCAGUUUUGAGGUGAACUUACUGUUUAGAUCAGCAUUAGAUUGACGUUUAAGAGCAUCAUCUAAAAACCAUAACUACAUUUUAUUUACAGCAGGUUUUGGUGUAUCAUUUUACAACCUCAGAUCCUGAACAGGUGAGGUGUUGUUUUCUGGUUUGGCGCUGUCGCCUGCCGCUCUUCUUCCUGUGCCAUUUGGCCAGCUGCGGGGUCACCGUCUCUUCCCACAUAAAUGAUUAUGUAUUCCCUCCUGUGCAUCUGGGCAUGGCUUGUUUUUAAUGACAGCAUAUCAAAAUAAACAAAACAAACAUGGUACUGAAUGAUAAAAACACUCACAGGAAUGCUUUCUAAAUGUAAAAACAGUGGAACAGAGAGUCGGUGAGAAAUGUGAAGUGUCUCACCCCCUCAUUUGCAUGUCCAGCAGAGAUACACCUACAGACCUCUCUCUUUAAGUGUGCAUGCAUUUUUACAUUGGGUUAGCCCAAAGCAAUGCAGUGCAAUCAAUAAUCUUUAAUGCAAAUUGUAAAGCAAGAAAAUUAAUGCAUAAAGUACAUUAAGUAUAUAAAUAGAGGACCUCUACUUGCAGUACCUUUUUUUUGGGAAUCACUGAUUUAGAUAACUACCAACAGUGUCAAUUUAAAUGUAGGGCCUUAUUUACUUGUUAAAGGCAGGAUCUGAGGAAGUGCCAGUUUUUGGGAGAAAUCUUGAAUGUAAACUUGACCCCUCCCAACCAGUUUUCCCCUCAGCUCCUCCUCUCCCCUCCCUCUCUGCUCCAGCAAGCCCCGCCCACAAACAAGCGCUCCUGCUCGCUCGUAUCGUUCCAAUUAAAUUCAGAUAUAAUGCCGAUAGAUACUUCAGAUAAUUACAAAUGGGGCCCAGUCAAGGUGAAAGUAAACAGCAUUGGUGCUACUGUAGAUGCCAACAGACUACCAGCAAACACAAUGUUUGUAGGACGUCCACAACUAGGAUAAAGUGACAUAGUCCAGGACCCGAGGUCAACAGUUUAGCAGCGCUACAACACGCAGCAGGUCCGUUUGACAAGAAACACUUCUGUUAAAGACACUUGGCUUACUUUGUUAAAGAGGUUUACCUGUCCAGCAGAAAGGUUACAGGGUCCGUAAGAUCCCGAAGCGUCCCCCGUCAUUGUUUACCCGGCUUUUUUAGCUCUUGUCUGGUCCACCUCCUUUUUAAGCGCCCGUUAUUCCACCAGAGUCUCUGGUAUUUAGUUCAUUUUCUUGCUUGUGUUGGAAGUUGUGGCUAAAGGAGGAUUCAGACAAUUUUCCGAACUUUCUGGUUGGUUUCUACUGUCCGAUAUUGUAGCGCGCUAACUUUGUUUGGGCUCCUGAACGACACGGGGGAGCAGCGUCUGCCUCACAACCAAUCCGGUCGGGGGAGGCAGAGAAUGGCUUUGUUUACAGUCAGAAAGAGCGGGCCGCACAAAAAAUUUAAAUUGUGACUACACAGACAUAACAAAAAACAGUGAUAUUGUUAUAUUACCAAAUUUCAUCAAUAACUAAUAGCUAUUGACUGAUAUUAAAAGCUUUUUGUAUAUACACCGCAAAAAAAGAUGCUUCUGUAACGGAUUCCUGCCUACCCCACCUUUAAGGGAAUGUGGAUGAACUAAAUCAAGUCAAGCUGAGUCAAAUUAAUUUAUGAAGUGCCAUAAAACUUUAAAUAGUGUUUUUUUUUUUAUUAAUGUUAGGGAGAGAACUCACCCUGCCUUCAUUUGGGAGAGAUGGCCCGUUUAUUACUUUCUCAAAAAGUAUCUCACAGCCAAGCCCAGAGAAGAUAAUCUUAUAGUUUAUCUUAUUAUUUAUUAAGAGUCUGGUGUCUUUAUGGGCGAUGCUGUUGGAUGUGCGUCCUCUAACAGGAAAAAUGGUUGCAGAGAAGAAAUCUAUCAAGCUUGAUAGAUUUCCUUUGCUCACAACCUGAUGCUUUCGCAGGACAUCUUGAGAUGCUGAUAUCCACUUGCGUACUUUGAGCUCUUUCCCAUCAUUAGCUUUCUUUCCCUCAACAGCGGGCAGCCUGGCCUUUCUGUCAUCAAGCUUGGAAAGAAGCAGCAGAUCAGAUUUAAUUUUUUCACUUUUCUCUGUCUCUUUUUGGAUCAACCAAAUAACAAGUUGCAGCUGCUUCUCCAGAGUUUUCUUCAGCAAUUUUAAUAUCAGACAGCUUGAAUUUUAGAUCAUGCUUUUUGCUUUGUGCCUCCGUGUCAUCAGCAAAUGUCAGUGUGAUAGUCGAGUGAAUAUAAGCCACACACACACAAACACACACAUCCAACCAGAUAAACAUGAUUUAAAUCAGGCUUAUAUUUAUCAACACAUGUAGCAGCACCUGCUACCACAAGUGAAUCAAUAUUUAACAUUUACUCGAAGUGUACUAGUAGAUCUAAAAACAGUCGUAGUUGACCAUUCAUAAGGGAUUCAAUGUACAAACUAUGGCAGAUAUACUGAAUAGAAAAGGCGAGAGAAAACACAGAUAAUAGAAAUGUAAAAAGACAAAAUGUCUAUUUGAGGCAAGGGGAUGUAUAUUAGUAAGAUUUGAUGCAAGAAUCCAGCACAAGAGUCAAAGCCAAGAGGCCAUAAAAAUUAUGGUCACCUUUAAGUUUGAAAUUAGAUCAAGAAACUGCCAGAGGACUCAUGAGAGAGGAUCUAAGAGGGUUGUAUCAGGACUCAGAAGAAGGGAGGCCAAGGUAUUUGGAGCUUUAAUAACAAAUGACACAAUCCUGCUGUGAGUUUGAACCCAGAAGUAAGAAAAUGGGUAAAACUGUAUACAAAAAAAGCCCCAAAUCAGUUUAUGAAGAAAAUAUUUGUUAGGGAUGAAUAAAUACUGAUCUGAUUUUUGCCGUACAAAGAUAUCCUGUAAAAUAAUUUAGGUAUAGUCACAUUAACAGCACCCAUUGGUUUCUGAAGAGGGUUUAUGGUGGAUGCCACAUUAGAAAUGCAGACUCAAUUUGGGGGAGUUACAGCAAUAGUUUUCUCAGUAUCUUAAACCGGCUGUGUCCAUAAUUAUACCAAAUUAUGCAAAACAUUGAUUCUUGAUGUUAUCAUAAUGGAUGAGUUAUUAAAUAAAGAGCGAAGCCAUUAAGCACCAGGCUAUGAACAUGUUUAAUUCUGCUUUAAAAUAUGAAUUUUUUGGCUUUUAGAGCCAGCCUCAGGUUGAAACUCUCUGUACCGUAAUCUUUUUGCUCUGCUGCUCUUGAUUCACUGUUGAACAGCAGAGGCUCCCACUGGGUUGAAAGGUGUGCAUUUUAAUUUGGAUUAUUUUUAAUAGCUUGACCUUUGACCCCUUUCUCUGGCUCAUGUAAUGGUCUUUUAAUUGCAGGCGUACAAAAAGGGAAAUCUAAACAUCCCUCUGUGGUCAUUAGUGUAAAUCAAUGAACCUGAUGAUUAUCAUGAAAUUAAAGGUGUACUACAGCCACACACGGUGUAAUGAUUAACCUUAAUACAACCUUCCUGAGUGACCACCACUACCUUUUUCUCUUUUAUCUCCCGCUUCCUGUCUGUUUCACAAUAAAAGUAAUUAGAAAAAAAAGACUCUUGGCAAUUAAAUGUGGAGCUAAAAAGAGCAAUCUUGCGGAGAACCACGAUAACCAGAGUAGGCUCGGUGAGAGCUGUCGUUAGAAGGUCCAGAGGGCUUUCUGCCAUAAUUACCCAGGACUAAUUUCACAUUUUGAUCCCUCAGAGGGAAUUUCACACACUGCUCUCCAUCCUGUUUGUUUUCCUCAGCCUCAUGAGGUAUUGAUUGUUUGACCAUUGGUCUUCCCAAACCUUUUAAAUGCUGAUCUCCAGCUUCUUUAGGUCGACUCCUCAUUCAGGAGUAAAUUGCAUGCUGUCAGAUAUUCAAAAUCAGGUUAAGCCAAAGAGAGUGGGCUUCUAAAAACAAACAAAAAAUGCAAUGUAAUAUACAAUAAGCUGUUUUUAUUCAACAUCACAAUGCAUAUUUUCCUCGUGUUUGUUUUCUGGUCCAGGUACCGAUGAAGAUGCCAUUCUCAUGCUCCUGGCAGCACGCAGCAACGAUCAACGCCAGCAAAUCAAAGCAGCGUACAAAAAGGCGUAUGGAAAGGUGAGACGAGCCUCUGGGACAGUCAGCUGUCACUGUGAUGGAUGGUUGCAGAUCAAGUCAUCUUCUUUAUUCACUAGUAAAGCAACACCAAAGACAAAUACAAGCUGAAGUGAGCUUUACCUCUUCUAAAAUAAAUGCAUCAUUUCUUUUCUUAAAAACCAAAGAACAAGGUAAUAUUCUGUAUAUUUGCUCCUGUUGAAAAAUCAAACAGAACAACCAAAACCAAGACAGACUUAGUUUAUCUUUCAACACUUUCCAAUUCCCUCCUGUCGUACUUAAUCUCCCAGUCCCAAACCCGUUCAUUCCUAUAAAAGACAAGUCACAAAUAUAUCAUUUGCAAGGCAGGUGCUUUAGCAUUUAUUAAAAACUGCAGAUUCAUUUACAGCACAGGCUGAAUAAUUACUGAACAUGAUGUUGAAGAGCUGCAUUUUUUCCAGUGGCCAUUACAGGGCGACUCCAUUAGUCGCAGAAAGAGAGAAGAGUCCAACAGGAAGACCACGACAAUUUUGAUCCAUUUUCCCGAAGUUUAAAACCUCAAAACUGGAUUAAAUGCGUCUCUAAUAAAACAUGUGUAUUUUGUAAAUUGAGACCCCCGAGAUAUAAAUAAAGGGUGAAACAGGAUUUGGCUAGUGUGCAGUGUUGGCAAGUUGUGACUGUUGGCACCUUUCAUUCAGGAUCACCAGCUAAUAAAAUACACCACACUGAUAGAGAUGAUUUAAAUGGUCUUCAACGUUCACUGUGAAAAAAAAAGUAAUCGCAAACUUAGUUAGUUAUUUGAUUGACAUAUUUAAACAUUUCCCCACAUAACUUUGUUUAAAUGGCUGGAUCUAAAGGGAAAAAAAAGUAAAACUGAACAAUCUGCACAAGAAAGUAAAUCAAUAUUUUGAUUUGGAGUUGUUAAGCUGAUCUUUGUACAGUACUUUUCUACCUUAUUAGGGUAUGUGUCCACUGACAGUGUUUUUUUUGUGGUGGAAAUAUCCCCUCAACUCAGUAUAAGAGAGCUUCUCUUCUGCAAUUAUUGUUGAUGGCUCUUUCACAAACAUUGCAGUGACAGUGAACUUUAUUUUCAUAAUCUAAAAGGAACAACAUCCUGUCGAUUACUGAGAUAUACAAUGCUUGGGAAGGAUGGAGUUGUGUCUGCUUAUGCCCCUUUGAAGGUUUAUUUUGGACUUAAGUUUAAAUUCUUUAACACUUCAUUACAAUUACAAUUCAUUAGUAUUGUCAAAAUUAACCCACUUGACCAUUUUUUCUGCCAUUUGUUGUUGGUGAAGCUGGCAUCAUAAGUCCCUCCCCUUCUUAGUUUUGAGGGAGAAGAAACACUGACAAGCAUGAUGGUGUUCAGAAAGUUAAACUUUUUUCUACAGAGUUGUUGCAACAGAAAAACAGCUGACAAGAGUCCCCCUUAAGAUGCUGAGCUCUGAAAACGCUGACCUGUAUUGGUUUUAUCUUUGAAAAAAAAAAAAGGUGCUGCCAGUGCAAAAAAAAUGCCGUUAGUGGACACAGGUCCUCGUGUGUGCUGAACCUCUCAGAUUUAUUUGACAGGUGAUGUCUCUCAGGUUGAGAACUACUUGUCCAAAGCGCCUGUUACAGCAGCAACAACAAGAAACCGCUACUUACACAACGUUGCAUCAGUGCAAAAAAUCAAAUUAUAUCAUAUUUAUUAGGAAAGCAAUCCCAGCUGCCAUUUAAAUAUACAUCAAGCACUUUGACUCUCAAAUUUGCACUUAAUUUUCACCUGUUUUCUACAUUGGUCUGCUUUUGUUCUCCACUCACUCCUCAGCAGAUGCAUUAAUGCAUCUUCAGGUGACUCAGUCGUCUGAAACAUCAGGAUUCGGUGUCAUUAAGAAUCACGGCGACAGAGAUGACUCUCUCUUGAAAGGUUCAACAAAUCACUCAAGACAGAAUUAGUCACAAAAGCAGUGGAUAGACCACUUUCCCCGCAGUUUCCACAGAGUCUGGCGCUGUUAUUUUUUGAAGGCCGGCCCAUUAACACUUAACUGCUCUGUCACAUUGUCAAGUUACUUUAUGACCACCUGUGGAUUGAAAGCAGCAAGUUAAUUUGCUUUCUGUGUGGGUUACCGAACAACAUUCUGACCAAUGUAACUACUGCCUAAAAACGGAGGAAAGGGCUCGAUCGUAAAAAGACUCACUAGAUAAUUCAAAGUAUAGCUCUCUGAAUAUCUCUGAAAACUAUGGCACACAGAGGAGCGUAUUUUGCUUUUACCACUUCUUUAGCAUGCUAUAUAAUGUGAUAUAAAACACAGUGAUGGCCUUUUGCUGCUCAUUUGCAAUAAACUCUCUAAUGAGAAUCAGAGCCAGAACAUAAAGACAGAAUUUAACAUUUUAACAACAUUAUGUUAAAUCCCUGCAGACUGUGUUCUUGUUUCUCUGCGCAUCUUUUACACUUAUAAAUAACUCUCUGUUCUGUCUGCAAUGUAAUGCCACUUUUGACAAAAUGAUUCAGGGUAAUUAAUGACAAGAGCUUCAAAUGAAAUGAAAUGAAACUAGCAGCAGACUAUUGUGUGAGAGGAGAAAAUGAUUAUGUAGUCUAGAAAAGAGGGUCUCUCAGCCAUCAGGUUCUUAAAUUGAGCUGUAAAGUAGAUGAAUGUGUGGUCUAUCUGUAUAUCGAGGAGAACUCCCCACACCCACAUACAAACACAUAACUUAAAAAAAAAAUCAAACCUCAGCCCCAGUUACAAAGAUAUACGCCAUUACUCACCGUUUCAUUGAUUCAGGUCAUGCUGUCAGCACUGCCAUGAUGUAUGAUUCAUUACACAUGAAAAUCAAUGUAAAGGAAAUUGUUUGUGAUUAAUAGUUACCUGUUAAAUUAGCAGGUACUUGAAAUAAUAAUAAAAAAACAUUGUAUAAAACAUGUUUUAUGAUUUGUUUUUUUACAAUAUUUGCUCUGUAACAAAGAAGAAAUGCAGUUCAUAGAAAUACAGGGAGAAAAAAACCAACAUAAGGUGAUUCUAUUAGUUUGUUUGACUAAUGAUAUACUUUAGUUGUUGUCUACCACAAAAUGUGCAAUGCCAUUAUACAGAAAACCAUACUCAACUAUACUGAAAUCAAUCGUACUGACUUGUAGCAAUGUGUAAUUUUUUUUUGCUAAUUGUGUCCUGUCAGUGUGGCCAAAAAAAAAAAAAAUAGCUGAUUUCCCUUAAACCUAAAGCAGUCACACAGUGUAUUAACAUGUGGUUCAAGAAAUUAAUCAAUCACUUUAGUCCGACUGAAACCAGACUUUUAAAAUACAUGUAAAUAUGCUAGUUUAAUAAAUCAAAUUUCUCUUAAUCGGGCUAACACACCUUGAUAAUAUGGUUGGGGUUCAGCCAUAGACUAUAUUUAGGAUAGACGCCGUCUGCCUCCUUGCUGGGUGAAGCCACUUUGAGAACAGCAACCUCUGGUGACAGGCUGCAGUAUAGGUCAUAAAUUCAGCUUCCUCCAGCAAUCCCUAUGGAGCUAUGGACAAACUUUAUAAAUCAAUUACACAGAAUAUAAAUGCGUACAAUACUGCUGCACAAGUGGUAAUUCCAGGAAGUGGAGAAAAUCCCAGAAAUAAUUCUGCUUCAAAUUCGUAUAAUGACAGUAGGCAGAGCCAAGUUGUCCAUAGUAUAUAUACAGUCUAUGGGUUCAGCUUUCCCUUGCAUUAUAUGUCUCUGUAAAAGCUUCUUAAAUACAUUAUAGGUGGAGCUGGGUAAUGAACAAAACCUCGAUUGAAGUAUGUUGUAUCAUACCUACGUAUGAAAGGUACAGAGCUUUAACAUUGUCUGUGUCUUUGUCGACUGGUUGUAUUAUUAUGUGAGAUCAGAGGUCAAUCAGGAGACAGCCCUACUGUGGGCUGUAAAGGGGCACAUCACCACCUACCGUAUCAGAGGCAAACAGACUUUUGCCAAUAAAUCAAUUUUCACAUGAAAGGACAAUAGUGCAGUCAAAUCACCUGAUCAAUCUAUGACGCAACUUGGCUCAAUGUGGCUCAUCUUAAGUAAGGAUCCUAAAGUGUUUUGGCGUGUAGCACAAGUGUCAUCUUUAUUCUCCACCCAAACCAGUCGCCAUUUCUAUGCCCAGCGUCCACGUUAUGCACAUAACAAAUGACGUUCAAGGUUCAAAGACUGACAGAAGCUCUGAUCUGAAGAACAGGAUUCGAGAGCUGUCAAUCAGACCUCCUCUGAACAUAAAAAUAAUUAGUUAAAACUGAACAUCAUAGAAAACAUAAGGCGCUUGUGCAUAAAACGGCAUGAAAGAAUUAAUUUUCAAACACAGUGGCCAAAGGAUUCCUCAGGUUUUUAUGUUUUUGAUAAAAGAAAGCUGCGACUUGAGAUAUUUAGACUCUGCAUGAAUCACAAUCUUUCCUGAAUUUGCAAAAAAAAGGAAAAACAUCUGGCAGGAAAACUGAGACCUCACUACAUGACCUUUAAGUGAAUACAAACUGGGGCUCUGAUGAGUUAAGUUCCCUAUUUUGAACAUCGAGUAUCCACCUGAACUAUUACCAGGAGUCCCCAGCUCAAUACAAAAAUGCAGUUUUUGAUUCAUCAUGAAAAUAGUUGUCUGAGAACAUAAUCCAGAAAGUGAUAACUCGGUGAAAUGAAAACAGUCAGUGGAAACUUUAGGUUAGAUAUCUUAGUUUCCCAGAAAAUGUCAGUAAUGCAGUUUGUGAUUAAACUUUUCUUUAUCACACAUUUUUUCUUUAUACAUCACUAAAAAACCUUGAAGUUCUGCAGAUACAGACAAAGAAUGAGGUGAAAAUACUGUAAAAGUCAUUUGUCUGGUCCUUUUAAUGUUAAAGCCUUAAAAAGCUGCACAGUUAAGUUCAAUACAAUUUAACAGUUUAAUUGUUGGUCGUCAUUAAUCAUCUCUUCUCCUGCAGGACUUGGUCAGCGCUUUGAAAUCGGAGCUGGGUGGGCUGUUUGAGACUCUGAUCGUGGCCUUGAUGACCCCUCCGACUUUAUAUGAUGCGACUCAACUGCACAAGGCUAUCAAGGUAAGAGAGGGGGGUUUGCUGGAGAAGAUAAAGUCAAAUCUGCAGACAAGUGCCAUGAUAUUGUAGAUUUUAUCUUUGUGUUGUAUUUGGGUUCAUGGGCUUCAACUUAGCUGAACUUUUGACCUUUUUGCCCUGUUGAAUUGACUUUUUAUGGGACUUAUUAGUUUAAUUUGAACUUUUAUUCACACUACAGUUACCUGCACUUGUUAAGCAAAAAAAAUGGGGUCAUUGGGGGGACAAAAUUCUGCUAAAAAACAAAAGUUCAUCACAGGAUCAAAAAUAUAAGUCCAGUGCCUGUUUGUUUAUCUCAGCCUUAAUCAUACCGAUCAGCUUUUUCAGGUCGUGAAUUACAUGAUUGUCUGUAUUAUUAACUGAUGGUUAUAUAUAAUUCCUGUAUGUUUAUAUCCAUGUUAACACCCACAUACCCUUGGAAAACUACCUACAUAUUUGGCUUCAGACUUUUCCUGCUAGAAUAAACAUGAGUGAACUAAUAACAGUAAUGAAUGCCUCCUCUUCUUAACGCCAUGCCAGUGAGCUGUGAGCCAGCAUACACAAUAAAUGAGCCCUAGCACUGGCCCAUAUAAAUGGACCUCAAGCAUUAUUAAUGAUAUCAGUUACUCCUGUGAUCAACAAGUUCAAAUGUCUGCCAAUAGCAGGGCCAGUAUCGAGUUGAUAUUCCAUUUGAAAUUAAUCAUGCAGACAAAUCACACCGCUGUGAUAUAAACAUAUUUUUUCAGUCGCUGCUCUUAUUAUCUAAGCUUUCAGUCCUAAUGCUGUUGUUGUGCUCCUUGGGGUCUAUCCCAGCUGUCACUGGCCAGGGGCGCCGUACACCCUGGAUAGUUCAGUAGCCUUUUAACACUUUUAAGCAAAAAUGUACCUUAUUAUGAGGCAACUUUAGUUACAUUUAGCUGUUGCAACAGGCUGUAGGAGGAAGUUAUUUUCCAGUGAAUCAGUGUGGGCUGUUGUUUUGUUAAGUUCUUUGACCUCCAUGUAAAAUCAGGAAUCCAAUAAGUGUCUCAAAUUUAAGGGCCUCAUAAUUUGAAGAAAUGAGUGAGUCAUUUUGUUUGUGUUCAGCUGAUUCAGCCUCUUAAUCACAUUUUGAAAUGAGGAAAAUCAAAAUUCUCAGAAGUAAUAAAUCCAAAACAAAGACAAAGACACAAGCUAAUUAAUUUUAAAAUUAGAUUUGAGUUUGUUAAAGUGCCAGAUUCCUUCAGAGUUGUUUUGUCAGUCUUUUUCCUUUGAAUUUCUUUAAGUUGGAGCAUCGGAAUCAGAUCGGGUUUUAAGGAAAGUGGUCUUGGAAAUAUAAGUACACAAGAAAAAGCAGUUUAACAGAAGUACUAUGACUGUCUGCCCACCUUGAAUAAAAUAAGAUUAAAUUGUCAGGAAAAUAUGAAACUGUAAACAUAAAAUAUAAAAAAAAAUAGGUGCAAAGGUUGCAAUUCAAAGUGGUGCAUCCUUGCAGCAAGAUACUAGUUUGGUGAUGGUGUAAGUGCAAAUCUGGCAGUAUGUCAUCUUAUUAAGAUAGUGUUCAAUAAAAGAGAUAAGUCUUAAGUCCACCGUGCAUCCAGUGGUGCCCUCAGUGGUGCAUUCAUGUCUGCAAAAGUCCGAGAAAGGGUUCAAACCAGUUUGAGUUGGACCCAUGAGCCAGAUACAGACGAGGGACAUGUUUGCAAGAGGUUUAUUGAUGUAGGGUUUUAAGAUGGGGUUUGGAACAGGGACCAGUUGGCCGACUGAUUCUGAUGAACUUGUGCACAGGAGGAUAGAAGUAUCAAAGAGGCUUGCUUCCAAAUUACAUGAGUUAAGGCUGGACAGUGUGGAUUUGCACUGAGGCUGGCAGGAGGAGGCACUGGAAGAGAUGGAGGAGAGCACAAGAUUAGUCCACAGGAGACCAAACAAGAAAUCAAACAAUUACUCACUUGACAAUAGUUUUGAGAGCCAAGCUGCUGCUGGAAAAGCAGAGACAAUCUGGCAGCUCGCUGUGCGCGCCAAGGAGGGGUGUGAAGCUGCUGCUGAUUGGGGCUUGAUGGCUCGCAGCUGUGCCUGAUGAGAGCCUCAGAACAGAGUAACCACACCUCCACACUCUGAAACCAAAAGAACAUAAAGCGCAACACGAGGCCAGCAAACCAACUACUACUAAUAACAACCAAAACAGUCCACUGAAAAGAAAUAAGAGAAAUAAACACAGAGUCUAAACUGUGACAGCUUGAGUAAUUAAAAGAAUAUAAAAUGCCCCUCUACAUGCCCUUUGCAGUAUAUAAAACAUAAAUAAUAGCCCUCAAGAUGCCCUUCCUGUUUAUUAAAUGUGGAAAACAGCCAUUUGGAUGCCCUUCUAGUGUAUGAAGCUUUAAAAAAGUGCCCUCUUUGGAGCCUUUCCAGCUAGUAAAUGUUAAAAAAGUGCCUUACAGGUGCCCAUCAGGUACGUAAAUGCAAAAGACAGAGUUUUCUAAAUGUAAUUUUAGUGAAUAAAACAUUACAAAGAAUCUUUUAGAUGCAUGUCCAGUUUAUAAAACAUUAAAAGGAUGCAGCCUCUUUUCCCUUACUGUAGAGAAAAUGUGAAUUACGCCCCUCCAGUAAAAUCAACACAGAAAGUGCCAUCUGAAAACAAAGAUAAGGUGCCUUUUUGGUAAUUCAAUUUUAUUGUAUGUUUGGUUGACAUGUUUGAGAACAAAGUUUAAUAUUCCAAAUCUUACUGACUGAGCUUCAUGGAGGAAGUAACAUUCACCUUUUAAUCAUCUCAUUAUUUUUUUCCUAAUUUUGUUUUUGUCUUUUAUCUCAUUAAAUUUCUUCCACUUGAUGUUGCAGAGAUGAACACAUUUCAUAUUGUGCAGUGUUUUUUCAGUAACUUGGUCUUAUGACUGUGUUAUUUUUAAUGUGUGCUAUUGUUCGUGAACCUGAUCCACGUUUUAAUUAACUGGGCUCUGUUUUGGUCUCUCAUUCACCUGUCUGCUAUUCUUCUGAAAACCAGACCAAUAGAUUUGAACAGUACAGGAAUCAUAACCUCCUCGGUUUAUUGAAAUUUAUUCCAGAUUUAUUGAUUGAAGUCAGUUAGGUGCAAAUGUCAUGUUGUUGCUGCUGAAGUCAAUGUGAAAUAUAAUACUGGAAUCACAUUAUUAAUACCAAGAUGUUCAAUACAGCCCUUGUCCUGCAUAAUGAAAAUCAUACUACAUCAGGUGUUAUUUUCAUACAUUAUUAACUUUGCCUUUAAAUCUAUCUGAGGCCAGAGGUGCCUGUUUUCUAUUAUGUAUUAUGUCUUUUAUUCACAGUAAUGAUUCUCCCUCUCUAUUCUUUCACCGCGUCUUUAAUGUGACUCAUGUGAAUAAGGUUGUUUCACACACUAUAGAAAGUCUGGGCACACAUAAUAAUAGGUGCUGUAGGCUUAGAUCCAUUAGCUAAUCUCCUUUUAUCGCUUCGAUAUUCAGACUUUUUGUCUUAAGUCUGGCAUGUAUACCUCUGCUGAUCUUUAUGUUUCUCUGAAGGCUCAUAAAGUUUGAAGGAAGUUUGCCUGAGGAGAAAAAAGGUUCAGCAAACUCUUAAUCCUCUAAUAGGCUACAGAUGGAUUUUUUCUACUCUUAUUACAAUUUAAUCACAUUUACAUUUGCAGUACGAGAGUGAAAUGAAAUGGUCAAUCAAAGUGAAGGCAAAACAUUAGAGACUUGGCCUCAACAUUCCCAUCACACCUAGAGCUCCAUUGUAGAUGUGUACGUCAGAUAUAUUUUACUAGAAGGUUAAUUACAGCAGAGCGAGCUCAUUUUCUUUUAAGUAUGGCUGAACCCUGAAGCUUAUUCACUUCAGCAGGCUGGGUUUAUUCUCUAAUGUCACGCCUUUUUAGUGUGUCAACCAAUUCUUUAUGACAUUUUUUAGCUUUUUUCUCUUUAUCAACCAUGAGAUGAGCAUAAUAACAAAAGAUAAGAUUGCUUUGAGGACAGGCAGCCACACAAAGCCUUGUUCCUACAUAUUGGGUUCAGCCACAUAUUGUGUUUUCCUUCCCAGGGCGCCGGGACUGAUGACGACGUGCUGAUUGAGAUCCUGGCCUCCAGGACUGGAGAACAGAUUAAAGAUAUCGUCAAAGUCUACAAGAAAGGUGACUUUUCCAGCGGUGAAAGAGAGAUGUGUUUACUUGAAAAUGCACCGUGAAUCUGAUGCUGUUUAGUCGUUUAAGAUGGUCAAAUAUGACUUAAACUAACCCAAACAACCUUUUUGAGAGAGUAAAUAGAUUUUAAAGAAUAUUGAGGACAGCAAAAGACAACAUCCAUGCUUCUUUGGAGAGGUAGCACCUUGAGAUGCCAACCAACAACAUGCUGUAUAAGCUUUAUCAGCCAAAGACUGUCCCCCCAAAAUGGAAAUAGACAUUUUGAGAUACCCUUCAUAACGCCAAGUAUUUUAACCCUUGUCAUCUUUUCUUUUUCUGAGCCAUUUAGACAACAUGAUUGAGACUCAUUAGUGCAGCUCUGUCAAACACAGGAAGCCAUAUCCUAAAACCUGCUUUAUCUAUUUCUUUACCCCAUACACUGUGUCUUUUGAACCAAUCAAAACCCCCAACCCUGAAUAACUACACUUAUCAAGCUCUAAACAUGGAGUAUAACUGAAGCAGAUGAAAAUACCAUUAGGUUUGCUGGUAUUUGGCAGGUGGCAACCACAAGAUUUGAGAAAUCAAGCAAAUGCAGAGGUGCUUAAACUGCUGUUCCUCAAGUGUCCACUUGGGGCUGGUUGCAAAGCCCCAGAAAGCCACAUAUGCUCCCAUUCUAAAAAGCCCAUCUUUAUUAUUACAACAUAAAGUAAACAUGAUUACAAGCUUGUACAAAAUAUUUGGCCCGAAUUGCCCAUAUCUUUAACUUUACACAGUCUGGUGGGUGAAUUGUUUUAUGAAUCAAUUUUUAAAGAUAUGAAGUGUAUGAAUUUGUUGUUUGGCUUACGACCCACCUAGACUCCAUCUCUGUCUCUCUUGCUAGGUUGAUCAAAAAUUGAGGUUGAGACAGUAUUGCCAACAUGCAAUCACCAUCUAUAAGCUUAAAAACUGUGCUUUAGAAACUAACGACUGAGACUUUGUCCAUGUUUUAUACGAUCUAUGAUAUUUGGUCAUCAGUUCAAAUGUUGCCCUGAUGAUGGUGGUAAAUGGAAAGUAAGAAUGUGACAAUCUGCAUCAAAUAUCAUGGCAAUCUUUUUUGCUGUAAUUGAAAUAUUUUCAUUAGAUUUGAAGUUGUAGGCUCACCAAACUCACUGGAACUUUUCCUUCAAAGUCCUCAAUAAACAUCGACAAUCCACCCAACUGUUGUCAGGAUAUUUCAAUCAUUACAAACCGACAUAGUCAUUCUUUGAUCAAUGCUGCAGCUUGAGAAAAGUGAUGAUACUGUGUGUUUUAAAUACAGAUUUCAGUUCAGUGCAUCAGAGAUAUACUGCAAUAUGAUAAUGUUUUUACUCUGAGCAAAGGUGCUUUCUAGUUCCUGAGUCAGUCUGCCUUGGUAGGUUUGAGAAGACGAUUUGAAUGCAAAACUGAACCUUAACUUUUUCUUGUAAAGCAUUCAUCAAAAUGUGAAACUUUCUUUUUGAGAUUCAUUGCAGUAUCACAUGAAUACUUGAAAUUUUCUUGCACUUCAAGCGAGUGUGGCCUUCUUUAGGGAGAGCAUCAUUCAUUGUAGACCUCUAAAAUGAACUUGCUGCGGAUAGUUUCAACACAAGGGAAAAAAAUAUGGUUUUAUCUUCAAGGAAGGAGGAAAAAAUAAAGGAUCUGUAAUGUGUUAAAGGCUUACCACAACUCUGAACUAUAAAUAUGAACCCUGUUUAUAAUUAAAGACAAUCUCCCAAGUGCACUGUUCAUAUGCUGUAUGAGCCUUUGGUUUCUAACCGUAGCAGUGAAGAAUCUAUCUCAAUGCCUGCAUAAAUCAUUGAAAUGAUUAUUACAUACCAGUGUUUAAACUCCUACAAACCUCUGUGGAAAAUCUGCAAUGACACAGGCUCAGAGGGCCAAAGGCAACAAGUCCGCUUUAUUUGAUCUGGGAAAAAGAGAAGGCCACGCUGUCUUUUAGCCCUCUAAUCAAAUCUCUGCUGUCGGAGAUCCUCCGGCAGAGCAAAGGAUGGCUCUGGAGGGUCGAUUGCAACCAUUAGAGACUUUUCCAAGCUGGAAAUGUGAGCAAUCCUCUGUCCCUCUUCUCAUCUUUCUCUUAGAGUUCAGCAGCAAGUUGGAGAAAGAUAUCUGCGGUGACACCUCCGGGCACUAUCAGAAACUACUGGUGAUCCUCCUGCAGGUAGAGAGAGAGGGGGGCUUGUGUUUCCUGUACUGAUAAUGAGAGCCUGUGGUGAUGCCAUUAUAAAGUCAUGAGAGGUUUGGGUGUGUGUUGACGAGGGGGAAAAGAGGAGGGGGAGUACUGCAAGAUGCACUGUUGUAGGCUCACAGGCAGAAAUAUUAUCUUUGUGUUUCUGGGACACUAGGCAGAUAAUGUAAUCUUCAGGGGUUACCUGGGCUGACAGAGGCUCAGAGCGGGUCUGAGCUCACCGUGUUUCCAUCCUUACUGACCUACUUUUACUCACUGUUUGUCAACCUAUCUCUCUGUUUGUCUACCUGUCCAUCCAUGAAGGGGAGCAGGGAGGAGGGAGUGGACGAGGCAAAGAUCGAGAAAGACGCCAAGGUAAGAUGGGAGAACAUGAGGAAAACAUAUGGCUAUGAAUAGGGGCACAUUUCAACCAAUUUUAGGGUCACUUCCUACUAUCCAAGAUGAAACCCCCACUGCAAAGAAGAUGUUCAUCCCUCCCUUGUGUCAUUAUAAUUUUUCAACAGAUUAAAGUGAUAAUGUUGACCAAAAUUAGCAACAAAUACAAAAAUAUAUUCUUUCCCUGCGAGGACCUAUAACUCCCUGGAGUUUUACUGGUUGCCUGGCAACUACUUAUAGCCAAAGUCUGUUUUGAGACAUAGACCUACAUACAACAUACUGUAUAGUGAGAACUUAUGAAUUCUUUGAGCUGCAUUAAUGCUAAUUUUGUAACCAAUGAAGGAGUAAGCGGUUAAAUCCUGUUAAGGUUUAAGGGCCUGUGUCCACUAACAGCUUUUUUGGUGUCAGCUGUUGUUUUGUUGAUGCUCUUAGUUGAAAAUAGUCCAACUGUUACUUGUUUCUCACUAACCAAUCAAAACCAGGAUGAGACAGGACUUCUGAUACGAACUUUGUUGACAUUACUGGCAGAGAUUAGCUAAUAAGCCAGACUUGUGUUUUCUCUAAGUCCAGUUUCUAGGUUUUGAACAGCUGCCAAUGACGAGACACAAUCCUGUUGUUUUAAUGGUCACUACACUAACUGUGACAAUCAGGACCAAUGUCAAUAGUUUUUCAGAUACUUAUAGUGAUAUCAAUGAUGGUUAAAAUUCAGCUAAAUACUUAUACCAAUACUUUUUGCAAGUUUCUGCAUUUGAUGUAUUGAUUAGUCAGUCUGUUGCUGAUCUUUCUCAGAGACUGUGUUAAUAUUCCCACCACAGCAUUUUCUCUCAUAUUUGAAAUUAUCAGUUUGUCCAGCUGGAGGAAUUUAGGUCAUUGGCAAUGUCAUGCAGCCCCCAUGCUGUGAGAGCCAUAAGUGGGCACAGGCCCUUAAAUUCAAAGCUUACUGGCUAAUGACUGUAGCCUUGAGUGCAACAGACAGACAUGAGAGUCUUUGUAUUCAACUGUACACCAUUUAAAGCAAACAUGACAAUUCUUUGACUCAAGUUUAAGGUGGGUUUUUCCUUAUGAUACAUCUUUCAAAAAGUGGGAUCAUCUCACAGUAAUGUGCUUAGAGAGUGUACGGCUUCUAAUCUGUAAAGCCAGAGUACCUCCCUCCAUGACUGCGACCAGAUGUCACUCACUGCAACAGUGCCAGGAGAUGAAAGAUGGAGAGACUGGAGCAAAGUUGCAGAAAAGUGGGACAAGUUAACAAACAUCUCAGGGUUGCCUAUGGUUUAUUCCUCAGUUUGUCAAACUGCACCUCUAAAAUUAUUUUAAAAACCACAGUCAGAGGAGAACAAAAUAUUAAAAACACCUGUCAGUUUAUUGCACUCCAGUACACUAUUGACACGCAAUUUCAAAACUAGUUUUAAAGAACAACUACCGCCUGUCAGACGUGUGAACAGUAAAUGCAGAAGCUUUGUUAAAGUAGAGUUAAUGAUAGAGCUGUUGCAAUGGGUUGGGGUAGUUUGCAAAGGUGUUCAUUAUGUUAUAAUGGGUCGAUGUAUGUAAAAAGAUAAGUCAGUGUAAGAAUGCAAACCUUCAGGGUGAUAAUAAACUCAAAAGGGUUAUUACUUUUCUGUGAUGAUCCAACAAGUUCAGUAACAAAAGAUCAGCAAGUCUUACAAAAGAAGGACCUGAAAUUCUCCUCACUUUGACAAAGAGAAACGAAGUGAAAAAUACUUUUCUUUGCAGUUUUGACAAAGUACAAGGUCCUACACACUCUCUGAUUUCUUCUCCUCCUGUUUGUUUCAGUGAAUCAUGUCUCUUCAAGGUCGUUGUGCAUGUGUGAAUGUUCAAUCUGCCAUUGCAGGACUUGUAUGCCGCCGGGGAGGGCAAGUUUGGCACAGACGAAGAAAAAUUUAUCACAAUCCUUGGCAACAGGAGCGCGGAGCAUCUCAGGAAAGGUGAGUCAGUGAGAGUCUGUCGAUGCCAGAGUGUUUCAAGGAUAUGAUGUAUGAAUGCUGAAUAAGAGAGAAGGUUAGAGACGACAUACUGACACUAUCCAUUCAUGUACAGGCUUACUGUGUCACCUAAAUUAUUCAGCUUUUAAAAGGUCUCUUACAAGUCAGAUAAUACAUGCAGUAUUUCAGACAUUAUUCUUGAGAUACUUUCACAGGUAACGAGAGACUUUUAGUAAAAAAGUUGAGGUGUACAGAGACAUCGCAUUAGUGCCAUCUUCUUCAACGAGAAACUUUACCUUUCUCUCAGUCUGUAUUCAGAGAGGUAAUCAAAAGCAGGCUGAGAUUUUAGAAGCAGAUCACAACCCCAGAAGGGGAAAACAGUAGCAGUUCUCUGCUGACUUUCUACGAUGUGAAGGUGCAUUUUUGUCAGUUUUGUUUGGUAUGAAUCAAGUAAAAAUGCCCCACAGCUGUUAUGAAGAAGGUUACACUUCAAAGAAACCAAAGAUGAGUUUCCGUAAGUAUCCAAACAGAAAAGCUAAGCCAUCAUGAGACAAAGGUAAACUUAGAAAUAAAGUAUGAGGCACCGUCAGCGUGAUUAUGGAAACUUGUUGGGUUUUGGCAUCCAGAAAUGAAGCCACACAAACUGAGGAGAGCCACAAGAGCUCUGUGGGGAGAGUUUGAGAUUAAAAAAUGUCCCUUCUUAGCGGUAGCAGAAUAAAUCCUGAUGGUGGUGGCUGAUGAUUUGCCGAGCCCCAGAUGACUUGAUGGCUGGAGAUUCUGCGAAAGAUGGGGCGAUGGUGGGGAGGUGCAGGGAGCAUGUAUUGUCAGGCUGAAAGAACCAAAGACGCAAUUAUACUCCAAAAACGAGCCGAGAAAUUAUAGGCCAACGAUGAAGGAGUGACACCAUGCUAUUAGAAAGAUGGACCAGCUGAUGAAACAGCUGAUUCACCCAUGACAGCUCAGACAAUAUGAGCGCCUGCACGGACGUGAGUAUUCCAGUUAUUAGCUGGUGAUGUUAACAUGCCCACAGAGGAACCUGGUUAUUCAUGUUCUAGUUGAGUCAUAAACGCUUGUAUCCUGGUUUACUGCGUCUUACUUGCAAGCACCUGUUAGGCUUACGCAACACCAACUGUGGCAGAUUUUACAGUAGAGGAAAAUUAGAUCAUUGUGGCUGAUUCAGGCUCGGCACGAUUAGUAAUGUAAAUUCCCUUUUAAAUAUGUUUUGUUUCCAAAAGUCAAAAUCCAGUUUCUUUUUCAUGGCACAUGUGUUUCUUCAUCUGAAACAUCAUUUGGCUGAGGUAGUCAAAAGCUGACAGGAACUAGGUUUAGGCAUAUAUAUGUUACAGCAUCCUUGUUUUCUUUCAGGGUUCUCAGGGUAGCAAUAUCAGCUCUCUUAAAACUGGAAUCUGUUUUUUUUUCUGAAACCAGAAUAUGAUUUUUUUUGUGCACAGAGACAAAAAAGGGUGCAUAAAAUCCUCAAUCAAAACUGGCAUACUAAAGUCUAUGUAAAUCACUCAGUGACAGCAGGAAGAGAGUGAGUGAGUGAGUGAGUGAGUGAGUGAGUGAGUGAGUGAGUGAGUGAGUGAGCAUGCAUGAGUGGGACAAAUGAGAACUCGAGUGUGAAUGCAAAUGCAGUCUUCCAGGCUGAACUGAAUCUGGAGCUUCAUUCAGCUUCUGUCCAUUCAGUGAGAUCAUCUCUCCGAGGAAGCGAAACAGUGAGAACUUUCCCCUCAUUAUAGACAUUUUGACCUCGAAUAACUCAGGAGUUUCAAUAACUGUAUGUUUUACAGUCAUAAAAAUCCAUCUAAAGCCAUGAUGCCUGCUAGACUGUUAUGUCAACCCUGAAGCUCUUUUUCACUACUGCUUUUAAAAUGAGCAGAUUCAUGUACAGGAGAUAUUCUGUCCAUUCACAAAUCUUCAAAUUUACGCACGUCCCUGGAAGCAGCAAAACAAAACAGCAAUAUUUAAGAAGGGUAGAGUCGAAAGGUGUGAGAAAGAUCGAACUUGUCCAAACAAAACGACGCUUUAACCCACAAGUUGAGAGUAUGAGAGGAAGCAGAGAAAACCUCAGUUUGUAGGCGUGUGAUAAACAACAACCACAAACUCAGCAGCAGUCCUGAGGGCGAAAUCUGCUCUGCUGCAAAGAGAGGUCAGAGGGGAAAUGGCAUGACCUGCUUUUGGUAACAAAAGACGCUCACAACAAGCGUCAGGCAACAGGUGAGAUGAACAUCCUCAGGUAUCAUAACUAUGUGAAAGUGUGGGGCUCCAUAAUGUUAUAGAGGCCUCUUAACUCUUUUAGUAUGUGUGCCGUCGACACAACAAGGUACCAUUACUGACCCAAUUGUAGCAGCAUUUUUAAAGCUGAGGAGGGUUUGCUCCACUCUCCAAGAGGACAUUAACAAUUUUAUUGUGUUUUUAUGGUUCUCUGUAGUGUUUGAUGCCUAUAAAAAGAUCUCUGGCUCAGAUAUCGAGGACAGCGUUAAAGGAGAAACUACGGGGAAUCUGGAAAACUUACUACUCGCCGUUGGUAAGACCUGUGAUUCAUCAGGACGAUACUCUACUCUAAAUCUUUGUUUUUGAGAUGCAUGAAAGAAUGACACAAAGACUAUAAAAACACUUGACAGAAAGAAGAAAUCAAUGCUAAUAUGAUGUCAGAUUACCUUGACAAGGAUGCAGUAGUACACAGAAGCCUCCCUCGGCCUUGUGCUCUUUAUCUCCGCAGUGAGAUGUGUCAGGAGUGUGCCAGACUUUUUCGCUGAAGGCCUUUAUAAAUCAAUGAGGGUAGGUGUCAGCGUGCCACUGCAGCUCUUUAAGCUUCCUCAUAUUUCAAAAUUGUGUGUUGAUUUUUGCUUGUGGGUGUUUUUUUUUCUUUUGCGUGGGUUUUAAUCCCAAAAUGAGACUUGAUGCACCAACAAAAACAAUGCCUGGCUAAACCAAAACUUAAAGUUUUCACACUUUUGAGCAGAAUUCACGUCUUCUUUUUCCCUCCAAGGAUCCAGGUUUGCUCUCAGACAUUUCUCAGACACAGUUAAACCUGUAUUCUCUCAUUGUUGACAAUCUGAUGAGAUCACAGAAAAAUAUAAAUUAAUGUGUUUUGACUUUUGAAUGAAUUUUUCCUACCAGAUUUCAUUUUGAUACAGCUUGUUACUCUACAGAUAAUACCAGGUAAACCAUCAAGUGAAUCAUCACUCUAUCUGACAGAACAAAAUGUCAGUCUGCAUUAAUUUUUUUGGUAAUUUGUGUUUUGCAAAGCUCUGUGGUUCAGGCAGGAAAGAUCAAAAGAGUUUCUUUAAGACGUUAAAAGUGACAAAUUUCCGAAUAAACCCCCCCCCCCCAAAAAAAAAAACAUUGUUCAGAAGUCAGUCUGCACAGUACGUACGAGAAAAAGUAGCAUCCUUCUACAACAAAGCCAGUUGUAUUUUUGUAGGACACAUUUUUAAAGAGUAAGUUUCUCUUUCUGGUGUGGAAAGUGGAAUUAAAUGUAAUUUUGCAGACUGUUGACUUCAGCUGUCAAAGGAAAUUCAUUUUGUUUAGCGUGCCGGGACUGAUGACGACACCCUGAUGAGGAUAAUGGUGUCCAGAAGUGAGGAGGACAUGUUGGACAUCAGAGCCAGCUUCAAAAAGAAAUACGGAGCGUCCCUGUACACCACGAUCCAGGUACUACUCAUUCAUCACGUCUCGUCAGCGUUUCUGUAUCCUUCAUUGUAUUUGAGGAAAUGUCCCAAUCCUUCUGAAGAUGAAUUUUCCUCACAUCUAUCUGCUUGGUAUUCUAAACAGACUCAUCUGUGUCUCCGCAUGCUUAAAAGCACCAGCUGCGUGUACAUUGGCCAUGCUGCUUAUACACCAUUCAUGUCAUUGCAGUGAUGGAGAGAUUAGUGAUCUGCUUUGAACGCCUGGUUCAGCUUGAUGAAACUGCUUCUCUGCCUUUUGCUCAAAGUGGAGUGAAUUGAUCUUUUCUCAGGAGGCCAGAUGUUCAGGCAAGAGUUACUUCCAUCCAGUAGAGCUACCAAAUGGCCAAUGGAGAGUAGAUACUCAAAGAUUAUAUGAAAUACAUCUAAUGAAUAUGCUUAAAUAUAGGAUAUAUGCUUCUUUACAGUCCAUCUAUAUUUAUCAAAGAGAUUAUUAAAGCCUCCGUUAUAGAAGUAUGAAUUUAUUAUGACUUUGGUUGAAUUUUUCAUGGUCGUUGGGUUUAUUCAAAGCCAAUAUAUGACAUUUAAUGUAAAUAAUAAAGGUAAUUUAUGGCUGCAGUCCAUUUAGGAUUCCACCUCGGUGUCUCUAGUUUUACUCUUACUAGUUGCAGUGAAGGAAAAACUGAAAAUUGGAGAGUUAAAACUGAAUAUUAGUACGAACACAUAUUUUUCAUUAAGGUGGGGAACUACAGGUAUUUGGUAUGUGGCUAAACUGAUUCAUAAAAUGCCUCACACACACCAAAAAGUGGGAAAACUCCACUUGGACUGUAUAAAAGUAAACAGUAUGGACAGUCUUAGUAAAAUCACUUGAUUAGUUUUUGAAGAGGUGUUAUGACCCCGAAUUUGAGAGUCAGUAUACUGGGAGUGCACAUACAACCCCAGCUUCAACUUUGUUAAAUGCAUGAAUCUACCAGAGUGCGCACAUGUUGUGAAAUGGGCAUUUUAACAUAGCUGUAAUGUGGGUUUCCUGGGAUGUAGGAACCAUCCUCCUGUGGACACUUUAGGGACUCCAGAUUUUUGCACUCCAAGAUUAACUUCGUCUUUCAGCAACAGAGGCGUCCCUUUUGUGUGGACGCCAUCAAACUCAUGUUAGAUCCCUGAAACCAGACCCAAAGGUGGCACCAUUUCUAUCCAAUUAACACAGUUUAUGGUCUGAUUCAUUCUGUUAGAAAAGUGUAAUGCCUCUAAUAUUUUAUUCCAGGGUAUUUGUCCACUGAAACUGUACCGUGGACUUAAUCCCUCUCGCCUCUCUGCAUAGUGUUUGUGUUUGAGUUUCUUUGGUGGCUUUUCUCCACCGAAGGAAAUGGAGAGAAAUAAUAAACCUCCAUGGAAGCCUUAAAAAUGGGAGAGUGUCAGUUGACCCUGUGUGCAGCUAGAGAUGCCCUGUCAACACUUUUACAUUCACUCCUAUUUUAAUGAUGGCCUUUUGGGGGAAAAAAAAAACACCUUCUGUGCCACAGGCGGUUUUCCCACAGUGGAACCACAAUGAUAUGGCCACUGGGUAAAGUUAAAGUAAGGCUUGGUGACAGCACCUUAUUCCAAUCUUUACAGUUAAUUCAAUGUGACCCCUCCCAAGUGAGUACAAUGAGUUUAUUUUUUCUGUUUUAUUACAUUCUCUUGAAACUGAAUGCAGUGUUAGAGGGGGUGUCUGUUGGGUUGACUCCAAAGAAAAGCUGCACAAAUUUAGUCGCUAAUGCUCACUAAUCUGUUUCAUUGCCCAAAAUAAAUCCGUUGUAAUAGUUAUUAGGGUUGAUUUAGUAGUGUCUCAUUCUUGAAAUUGGCUUUCUCAUUGAUGUAAACAACACUGCAGUGAUUGAAUACCGUAUUUUUUGCACUAUAAGGGGCACUUAAAAUCCUUUUGGCUUGUCGGAGCACUGCAGCUACCGUAGCCUCACGGAGUUGGUGACUGUUUUGUUUGGCUUAAUGCGCUUAUGUAUGAAAAUAGACAUGUUCAUUGAUGGUGCGCCUUAUAGUGCGAAAAAUAUGGUAUUCUUAAGACGACUCAACAACCAAAACAAGUUGGGUACAUUUUGUUCGCAUUUACGGAGCUAGUUUAGCGUAAAUGCGUUGCUAGAAAACCAUAAACAAAACCUCGACAGAAUCAGAAGAGAUGUUAAAAGAAAUGAAGCUGUUAUAUCAUACACAAGGAUAAAAAUACAGAUCUGUAAAGUUGUCGUGUUUUCAUCAUUUGACAAACAACCCGUCAGCCUCUUGCGAACACGUUUAACGAUUGUUUUGGUAUGUGACCAGUUAGGUCAACUGGGAGAUGCCCUGUAGUAGUCAAUGAAUUAAUUGUAGCCCAUUGCUUGUCGUGUAGUAGUAAAAAAUAAAAUCACAUAACCAAUGUAAAUGCAUGUAAAUAAACUGUAUGAUCGCCUUUUUGGUGUGACAGGUAGCUUAUAUGAAUGAUAAGCUGGGCUAGCUAAGCAACAGAAACACACUGGGACCUCAAGUGUGCCUUCAGAGAGAUUGACUGAAACAGGAACAGCCUUAGUAAUGAAUUUGAUGGACACAUCAUCGACGAAUAAAGAAAAAUCAGUGUUUCAAGCAUGGUGCACAUUUUGAUCGGUUUAAAUGAAACGAGGACAAGCGGUGUUCAAAAAGCGGGACACAUUUAGUUUUAAUGUCUGUUGGGAAUGGAGAAGCAAAGCUCAAAAACAGGAUUGGAGAGUAGGAUGAUCAACCCUAACUUCGGACUUCCUCAGGACUUUAUUGAUCAUUUCCAGUAAUAUGAAUCCAGCUCAUAUGAAGGAAUUGGCCUCAUUUCGUUGCGUCGUAAGUGAGCUUACUGAUAAAAGCAGUGAAGUCAGCUAAAGGGUGAGAGUGUUGGGAUUCUUGACAAUGCUGUGUUACAUUAAUUUGGCACUUUAACAAUUUUGUCGAGAGCGAUGGUGACAACAGCAACGGUUCAGAGGUUUAUUGUCUCGCUCAAGGACGAACUCUCUACAACAUGUGGAGAGGAGGAGCAGGCUGUGUGCCCGCCUGCACUUCACCAGCCCACAUGCAUGAAAAGAGACAGUGUGCUGUAUAAGUGUCAUUGGGAAAAAUACCAAACACAAGUAGGACAUUUAGAGUUAUUUAUUGCUGAGACGAAAAAAGAACAAACUGACUACAUGUUUUCCCUGAAAGUUGAAAAGAAAUGAAAGAAACUGAUUUAUUGCUUUACUGCAAAAAUCGAUUCAGGAAACGAAAAAGGAAAGCUGAUUUUUUAAAGUUUAAUAAAAUAUUUACUCAUCUGUUGUUUUUGCAGGAGGACACAGGUGGGGACUACCAGAAGGCUCUGCUCUACCUCUGUGGUGGGAAUGAUUAA